AUAAGCGAGCUUCCAAGCAUUCCACUUGUUCAAUCCUUCGCAUGGAGGGUCCGCCCCGAUGUAAAUGUGGUUUGCCUGCUAUCGAAAGCGUUGUGAAGAAGAGGACAAAGAAUUUUGGUCAACACUUUUGGAGGUGUCAAAACUACCUCUAUAAAUCAAGACCUUGCGACUUCUUUCAGUGGAUACCCGCUGCAGACAUCAUGUCUCGCCACCAGCCCAGUACACCAAAAAGGACCUCAACCCCAUCCUCUUCAUUUCCUCCCCAAGCGCCUCGAAAAGCACGACCCAUCCGUGCCGACAACAACUUUUUCAAACGGCCUCGCUCACCGUCUCCUCUUGCACCAUAUAGCACAAAAUCACCUGUCCCAGGGUUCUCGGCUUUGACACUAGACGGUAGCCAAAUUUACGAUUCGGAUGCAAGUUCCGAUGAUAAUGAUCUAAUGUACCAGGCGGUCUCUAGACCGGCCGACCAGCUUGCCUCUCAAAUGAGAUCGCAGGACAGAGAUGGGGAAGAGGAUAUGAUGCAGGGAAUGGAGGUUCAAAGUCAGGAACAAGGGCUAGUGGAUCCAUUUAAUAGUCAGCCAACGUCGGCAGGGGCAGCGAAAUUGCCAGCAGGCGCAUCACGACAUACUGGAUAUCAACCCGCUCCAUGGCCGAAUUGGACACCCCAAGGAAAUAAUAGUACCACGUCUACAUCCUUACCCACCUCUUCCGGUUUGCGAACCCCACAAUCACAUCCGCGUCCUCAGGUCGAAACUCCGCCUCCAUCGAGAGACAAGUCAAUUCCAAAGCAAGCCACUGGAAUUCUGUCACAGCAUUCUAUAGAUGCUUCCCCAUCACUCCGUCGCCAUUUCUCCCAGCAGUCCCAUUUUGAAUCACAAGAUUCCCAACAAUCCCCGGAUCAGGGGGACGUCCUUUCAGGCACAUCGUCAGAUUCGAUACAUUCAUAUGUGUCCUAUUUAGAAUCCGAAAUCCGGCGCAAAGAUCGACAACUCCUCGCCCUGCGAAAAUCCAAAGAGCACCUGCAACGUGAACUGCGAACAACAAAGAGGGAGGCAGACAGAAAGGCAAAGUUUUGUGAACGGUGCGCGCAGAGUUUGUGAGGCGGGAAAUGUGUGGGUUCACUCCUGUUACCCGGUGGUUGCAUAUGUACAUAGACAAAUUUUGGAUUGCUUGAAUUUUGGGCACUGCUUUUGCUGAUAUUUUUAAUGCGUACCUAUUGGAAUAUACGCCUUUAAGAUCCCAGAUUGUGUCAUUCAAUAGUCCGAACUCUGCUAGGGGAAUGUGGUAAUUAGUUGAAUUAUCGUACCUGCUUAGACUGAGGAAUUACGAGAGACCUAUUCUCCUAAUAGCAGUUGACGUUUCACUGCAUUAAAGUGCAAUCGUUGAAAUGAAAUGUUAUGUUCGUC